UCGUGCGAAACGGUUCAUUGCUCGUCCAGCUAACGCUUCUGCUUUCUGUGUGGGUGUGAGUGUGCGUGUGGGCCAAAUGCCAUAGUAGAGACCAAGACAAAAACCAAAUUAUCGGCCAUCAGCUUCAGCACAGCACUUUGUUUUUUGCGAGUCGAAAUUAUUUGAAUUUCCUGCGAUCCAAUUUCCGCUUUUAUCGCGCGUUUGUGUGAGUGGAAGGACGAGUGAUUGUGUUCAGUGUUGCUUCUGUUGCCUUGGUUGCCUCACCAACACACACACGCUAAAACACACAUCGCACACACACACACACAUCGCCAUCCUUGGAGAAAAGUGAAAGUGAGACGCCCCAGCGACCCGGAAAUCGGACAGCUCGGUAUAUUUCGCAUUUGGCGCACAAUUUGGCUGGAAAAAAUCAAAAUGAUUUAAUAUUAAGCUAGCAAACGGAUUUAAGCGAUCCGUUGCUGAAAACAAAAACUGUAUGUGUAAAAUAAGAAACGUAUAUAAAAGAAAUAUCUGAGGGAGAGGGGCCAGAGACCGAAUUCACACUGCAACAGUAAACCCAGAUGCCCGAGGCAUUGAUUCUUCCCGGCAUGGCUGACGCAGAGCCGGACCUCUCGACGUUCGAGAACAAGACUGGGCUGGCGGAGGACAUGAAGUUCCUGGCCUCCAUGCCCGAGCUGUGUGACGUAACUUUCCUGGUGGGCGACACCCGCGAACCCGUCUGCGCCGUCAAGGCCGUGCUGGCAUCCCGUUCCCGGGUUUUUGCCAAGAUGCUCUACGCUGCCCCUUCGCCCCAGCGGAAGAGGGAAACCUCCACCAAGGAGAACAAGCUGCGCCUCUUCCUGAAACGCUCCUCGGAGCCCCUGCUCAACCUGCAGAAUGCCGCACAACAGAGAACCGGUUUCACCCAACAAUUAGCUCCGAUACCCGAGCCAUCAGGCCAGCAGCAUCAGACUCUGAUCAUUGAGGAAUUCGAACCGGAUGUGUUCCGCCAACUGAUAGAGUAUAUCCACACGGGCUGUGUGACCCUGCAGCCUCGCACUUUGCUGGGUGUCAUGAAUGCCGCUGAUUAUUAUGGGCUCGAGGAACUGCGACGCGCCUGUGCAGGAUUCGUGCAGUGCUGCAUCAAUGUGGACACUGUGUGCGCCCUGUUGGCCUCCGCGGAGCGUUAUAUCCAGUACAAGUGCACCAAGACCUUGGUGCAAAAGGUCCUGGAGUUCGUCGAUGAGCACGGAACUGAGGUGCUCAACCUGGGCAGCUUCACCCUGUUGCCACAGCACGUGGUCCGGCUGAUUUUGGCCAGGGAGGAGCUGCGGGCCGACGAGUUCACCAAGUUCCAGGCGGCACUGAUGUGGAGCAAGAAGUAUUACGAUAACAAUCCGAACAUCGACAUCAAGGAGAUCCUGGGCACAUUCUGCGAGUACAUCCAGUUCCACAAGAUACCGGCCAACGUGCUGAUGCGGGAGAUCCAUCCGCUGAACCUCGUCCCCUAUGCGAUCAUCAUGAACGCCCUGGCCUAUCAGGCAGACCCAGAAAGCAUCGACCCCGGAAAGCUGUCUCCCAACUCUAGCCGACAGCACCACCGCCACCGCCACCACCACCAGUCGCUGCCCAAGAUCCGCAAGGCCAAGUCGCAGUCCUUCCGCACGCGGCGCAGUCCCUCGGAGCGGCGAAGCCCCAACAAUGCCCCCAAUCUCACCCUGAACACCGCGCUGACCUCGGGCAAUGGCGAAAAGAAGCGCAGUCCGCUCACUCCGAAGAGUCCUGUGGGGCAGGUGCCGGAGUCAAAGAGUCCUGGGAGCAGUUCCCAGAAGACGCCAACAUCACUUUCGCGCCAGGGAACUCUGCGGGCCUCCAAUCGUCGCAAGAACAGUGGACAGCUCUCCAUAUCGCUGGGCAACCAGGGACGACGUAGUCCUGUGGGUCUCAACGAUCGCAGUCCUCAGGGAAGGCGAAGUCCACUCUUCCCGAGCAGCGGACUAAGGUCACCUAAUGAUCCCAUGACCAGUCCAACUGUUAGAAGUCCCACUGGAGAGCCACGCAGAAGUAGUCCCACCUUCAGUGUGCACACACAGGAACGUCGUUCGCCCUUAGGUGCAGUGGCUCCCACGGACUUUGGCUGCCAAUUUGGAGUUCCGGGCACCCGAAGGAGUCCCACGUCGACAGUUCAUGUCCAGGACAUGGCCACUGAGCCAGAGGAGGCCAGUUUCGUGGGAUUCAAACGACCGUCGAUAAGCCUCUUUACGCCCAUUUAUUUCGCCAGUGAGAAGCGCUCACCCAUGGGCCCGAUACCCCCGAUAACCGUCUCCAAUCCCGCCGAGACUUACAAGAGUGCCGAACGCGAACGCGAGGCGGCGGAGGCGGCUGCCCGGGAAAAGGAGAAGGAGAGGGAGAAGGAGAAGGAGGCAGCCCAGCCGCAGGAGAAGAAGAGUGUGAUGCGCGAGAUCCUGGCCUUUGUGAGGAAGCCCUCCAAGCAUCUGAGCAGCCGAACCAACCGCUUUGCCAACGCCUUCACACGAGCGGAAUCGGGCUCUUCCGGAGGUCCUUUGAUCCGGCAGAGCACCUUCUCGGCCAGUCCGGCGGCCUCGUCGACGGCCGCCAAGAGUGCUGUCCAAAAGCAAAUGUCCGAGGUGGGCUUCGAGCCCAAGAUAUCCCAGAAGUUCACCCACUACGCCAAGAUGUCCCUGCGGCUGAGGCGCUCGACGAAACGCGACGAGGAGGAAAAGGAGCGGGAGAAGCAGAAGCAGAGCUCGGCCUCCGCAUCCAAGAGGCCCAGUGCAGACCUAAGUCAGGGCAACGCGGAGCAACAGGUAGGUGGAUCCUCAGACGAGCUGCCCUUCGAGCUGGCCAACGUGCACUUCGAGAAGGUAGGUGAGUCGUAUAUCAAGCAUGAGAGACUGCGGGAGUUGCAAGAGCCCGAGGCCGAGAAGGACGAUGAGGAUGAGACCGAAAAGGAUGCCGAGGCAGGAGGUGAAACAGAGGUGGAGCAAACCGAUGCAGCCAUGGCCCAGUUCGUGGAGGAGGUCACCAAUUCGCUGAAGGUGGUGGCUCUCAACGGAGAGGGUGGCGCUGCCGCAGUGCAUCACUUCACCCGUCGCUCGGAGAGUCGCGAACCCAUUGAGCCGCGCAUCAGCGAGGAACGGGAGUCGGACUCCAAUGACUUGAUGAUACCCGAGGAAAUGCGCGCCGAGCUGGUAGAGAUUUUGAAGGCCUACGCCCCCGAACCAAUUUAUGUGAAUCUGCAGGCACUGCGGCGAGAGACCGAAGAUGCGGAUGUGGCCAUCGCCCAGGCUGAAGCCGCUGCUCUGGCGGCUUCGGCGGCCCUGGUGGCUGAGCCCAUGAAGAAGCCGCUGCAGUGUCCUACCAUCGAGUUUGAGCCGCCGUCGCGACGCUCCUCCUUCGAUCCGCCGCGUUCCCCCUUCCUCGAGCAGCUUCGCAGUCCUGGGGUGGACACGGAAACCGAUCUGAUCAACCUGCAACGCCUGGACUCCGGAGGUGACAGCUUCGAGCUGGUGGAGAGCAAGUGGAGCAAGUCGAGUCGCGGGGAGUCCAGCUUCGAUUGUCCCUACUCCUCCAGGGACACCAGCUUCGACGUCUCCAUUUCGCGGUAUCAGUCCACCAGCUACGAGGAUCAGACCUCGAGCUUUGAGAUUGUCGAUACCGAUGAGAAGGCGCAGGGCAGAAGGCCCGUGGAUCUGCGCAAGAGCUCCAUUGAGCUGGUGGAUGCGGAGACCUUCCAAAGAUCGGGUUCGUCCUGCGGAGGUCGCAAGUCCUCGCUGGAGACCCAUUUUGAUUACACCCCCACCGAGGGUGGUGGGGGGCGUUCGCCCAGCCUUCCGUUUCCGGCGAUGAGCAAGAAACAGCGCACGGAGAACUUCCGCCAGCUGCACGUCUCCCAGUUUAGUGCCUUCUCCCGGGCACGAAGUCCGUUGUCCCAGCAGACUUCCUCGAACUAUAGCUCCAGGGACAGCUACGACUCAAGUGGCUCCUACCCACACGGCUAUGGCUAUCCGCCGGAGCCACAAAGAAGUCCGUAUGGCGACCCUAGUCGCAAGCACUUUCCCCUGACCGUGCGGCAGAAGGGCGAGGAGGAGCGUGAGGUGCGCACCUUCCUCUGUACGGACCAGAGAUGUGCCUCCAUCUUCGAGCCGCGUCCCAGUUCCGUGCUCACCCAACAGCUGUCCACCGGCUCCAUGUCCACCCCAUCGGGCUACACGAAUGGAACACCCAGGGUUCCGGGCGUUGCUGCGGUCGGACCGGUUCAAGUGCCCCACCCCCACGCCGGCGGAACGCUCUCCUCCUGCGGCUUCUCCAGCGGCAGUGAGUUCGAGCCACCGUCACCGAGACGGGCGGCCAGCGCCUCGCCCAAGCACACCUUCACCUUCCGCAUCGUGAUGAAGAAGGUGGACAGCUCCCCGGAGGCGUUGUGCCCGGAAAGGCAUCGGUCGAGGAUAAUCGAUCGUUACAGGAGGCGCGACAGUCGCCGGAAGCGAAUCCACGAUGCGGGAAAGAGUUUCUAGAGGGCAGUAAGGAAAGGAUCUAGGGGCAACCAGUGAUGGGAAAGGUAAUUAGGUAGCAUAGGCUGGAAAAAAGUUUUCUAUAAAUCAAAAUAAUUGUCGCACAGUAUAUCACACUUGAUCACAGUAAUUACCUUGAUUCAAACAGCUAAACUCAACAAUAACUGCCUUUUAUAUCCCUACAUGGGGUAUUAUAACACCAUUUGAAAAUAUACGCAGUACUUGCGUAACUUACAGAAAAUAUCUCGAAGUAAAUCAAAAGCCUAAUCGAUCUGCAAAUAUUUUUCAAAUCCUCAAUUAUAAUAGCGUAUUGCUAGGGAAGAGAACUACACUUAUAAAUAGACAUUCCGGUGUUUAAUAAGAGUAAGCUAAAUAAACCUUUAAGAUCAUAAUAGAGCCUAAGUCAUUCGAUUUGAAGUACCUGUAAUUACAUUUUUUUGUAAACUAUUCCUUUAAUACCGUUAUAUAUGAUAAACUUACAGACAAAACCAGAGGAUAAGAGGGCUGAGUAGGUGGGGUUUUUAUGAAAUCAUUCUUUUUUUGGUAGUUAGUUUCGUACUUCCCAUCGCUGGUACCAGACCAGGUGAACCUCAUAACACAUUCGCGGCAAUCUCUUGAUAUCUCUUCGAUACGCAUAUAUUUUUGACAAUCUCAGUGUUGAAUCUAUAUAGGACCUCUCAUAAUCGUAAUCUCUUAGGGUUAAGGAUGACACCGAACUGCAGGCGUUCGGUAAUCAAACUUUAUAAAAUGGUUCUGGUUUUUAGGCCGUUUCAAAAGCUCUACCAAAAGCGCGAACUUCGGCCCACCGAAGUCAGUCGAUCCAGACGCCGUCUUAUCGGUGGUCCGGUACUUAUGAUCUCUGCUGAUUCGUCAAGCAACCCUCAUUGGAUCCGUGGUUACAAACUGAACGAUUGCUAGGCAGCUAACCGUAGAUGAUAUCAAAUGUAUAUUCUAAAUAAUUAACAAACUUAUGCGCAACAAUAAUUCCUCCCACGAUUUACCUGACUACUAUUUAAACAAACAAUAGAUCAAAAGUUUAUAUGUAUACAUGUGCAUAAGAGUUCACACUUCGAUGUUGUAAUUAAUGUGGAAACCGAAAUCAGAAAGAGAUAAUAUUCUAAGUAUUUGUGCAUUUUUACGUGGUUCCUGUUAUAUAGCUAUAGAUAUAUGCGUCGGCAAACGCGAGUAUUACAAAUUUUUGAUGGCAUAAUAUACGAGUAAUCGAUAUACAUUACAUGAUUCUAAAUAACCUAAGGAAGAUUAAAUUCUGAAAGUAACCGAACUGCUCUGCUAUUGCAAAAGGUCAGAAUGUUUUUCUAGAUAACUCCUAAGACUAAGAUCAGAGCAAAAUUAAGCGCAUUUGUGUGUGCACUUAUUUGUAUAUUAAAGCUGGAUUCGGGGCCGUACUUAAACCUUAAAAAUAUAGGAAAAGCAUCCACUUUUGUGCCAGCAAAAAGUAAGGCGUGGAAAAAUUGUAUUAUCAAAUUAAUAUUUAUUGUUAAACUUUGAGCAACAUUUUUGGACUCUGUGUUUGUUAGUUAAAGAAAAUCCCUUUAAGCGAAUCCUAAAUUUAAGCGGAAUAUGCAAAGAAUCAUAGUUUACAAAGUAUACACAUUGUAUGUAAUAUUCUAAAGGGAGUAUGAAGAGUUGGCUUUUUAGCAAAUUACUCGUAAGAAGAAAGAUAUCAGCAUUUUACAGGUAAUUACGCUUCAUGAGCAUUUAAUUCCAACUAAAUGAUAACUAAUCGUAACGAUAACCACACAUCAAUUGCCACCAGCCGACAUCUUGGAUCUGGAUCUGUAUCUGGAUCUGGGAUCCCAUCGAUCCAGACCUACACUCGUAACUAAUCGGAAUGCUAGUAGAAACGUUGCUAUUUUGAUUUGUAGUUGCUUGUUUUGAAACUAACCAACAGUCGCUGACCAAAUCGCUUGACCAGUUACAUAUAUUCGAUCGAUUUUCCGUUGCGCCUCUGAAUGCUUGUGAGAGGUAGUCGCCAAUGGAGAUGUAGCGAUUCGAAUGCCGGGCAGAGCACCCAACUACAAUUUCACAAUGCCAACUUCUUCUAUUUGCAGAGCGGUUUUGCAGGGUGCCAGCUGGAUCGGAUGUGGAUUUAGCCCAGGUUCCCGAGCAUACACUACGUUAUUUGGUAUUCCCUUUGUCCGGGUUUUUAUUCAGAGGAUGUCGUUGUCGUGGCAUUU